GAAGAAUUGAGUAUUUGUAUCUUGUAAGUUCAUAUAUCUGCAUUGCUAAAGAGAUGGGGCUAACUGGUAAGUUGGUUGCUCAAAUAGAGUUCAAGCAUGGAGGAGAUGUAUUUCAUGACCUCUUUAAACACAAACCGCACCACAUAUCCCACAAAAUACCUAAGUUAGUACAAGGUUGUGAGCUCCAUGAAGGGGAAUAUGGAAAGGUUGGCUCUAAAAUUUGCUGGAGGUACACCCACGAUGGAAAGGAAAGGAGAGCUAAACAGGUGAUUGAAGCCAUAGAGGAGGAAAAUAAAUUAAUCAAAUACAAGAUGCUUGAAGGUGAUUUGAUGGAAGAGUACAAGGACUUCAUUAUAACUCUCCAUAUUGAAACCAAACGUAACAGAGACAUGGUCACAUGGACUUUGGAGUAUGAGAAGCGGAAUGAAGAUGUGAAACAUCCAAUCUCUUUGCUGGCUUACUUCAUUGAAGUCACAAAAGAUAUCGAGACCAACCAUUGAUAUCUAAGCUUUUUAUCGUGUAUUCCAAUAAAAUGUGCACAUGUGUGAAUAUGUGUGCAGUGUGUAAUAAGGUUGGUUUGUGAUAUAUUUAAUUCUGUAUUGAUCUAUCGGUAAGAAGAUAUUGGACCAUGUACGUCUUCUUCAAUAUUUCUAGCCUACAUGCAGAAGUAUGUAUUUUAAUUUUGGGUUGUUAAGUUAUGUUUUUAAGAUGAUAUAUGAAUGAUCCCGUUGAUAAAUA